GAAGAUGAUGGAUAUGAUUUGGAAGACCCUUCUGCACAGAAAUGCGGAAAAUACAAAGAACCAAAUAUUGUUCUGAAAUUUGGGAUCUGUAUUUUGAGAUUAUUUUAUUUUCAGAAUGAGAGGCACAACCAGUUACAUUUAUGAAUGUAGAGACAUUAGAAGAGAGUUAUGAUGGCAAAAAACAGAGAGCCUCGUCCCCCAUCCUAUACUAUCAGUGUAGUUGGACUUUCUGGAACUGAAAAAGACAAAGGUAACUGUGGAGUUGGAAAAUCAUGUUUGUGCAAUAGAUUUGUACGCUCAAAGGCAGAUGAAUAUUAUCCAGAGCAUACUUCUGUGCUUAGCACAAUUGACUUUGGAGGACGAGUAGUAAACAAUGAUCACUUUUUGUACUGGGGUGACAUAACACAAAAUGGUGAAGAUGGAGUAGAGUGCAAAAUUCAUGUCAUUGAACAGACAGAGUUCAUUGAUGACCAGACUUUCUUGCCUCAUCGGAGUACGAAUUUGCAACCAUAUAUAAAACGUGCAGCUGCCACUAAAUUGCAGUCAGCAGAAAAACUGAUGUACAUUUGUACUGAUCAACUAGGUUUGGAACAAGACUUUGAACAGAAGCAAAUGCCUGAAGGGAAGCUCAAUGUGGAUGGAUUUUUAUUGUGCAUUGAUGUAAGUCAGGGAUGCAAUAGGAAGUUUGAUGAUCAGCUUAAAUUUGUGAAUAACCUUUUUGUCCAGCUAUCAAAAUCAAAAAAGCCUGUAGUAAUAGCUGCAACUAAAUGUGAUGAAUGUGUGGAUCAUUAUCUGAGGGAAGUUCAAGGAUUUGCUUCUAACAAAAAAAAUCUUCUUGUAGUGGAAACAUCAGCACGAUUUAAUGUUAACAUUGAGACUUGUUUCACUGCACUGGUACAAAUGUUGGAUAAAACUCGUGGCAAGCCUAAAAUUAUUCCGUAUCUGGAUGCUUAUAAAACACAGCGACAACUUGUUGUUACAGCAACAGAUAAGUUUGAAAAACUUGUGCAAACUGUGAGAGAUUAUCAUGCAACUUGGAAAACUGUUAGUAAUAAAUUAAAAAAUCACCCUGACUAUGAAGAAUACAUCAACUUAGAGGGAACAAAAAAGGCCAGAAAUACAUUUUCAAAACAUAUAGAACAACUUAAACAAGAACAUAUAAGAAAAAGAAGAGAAGAAUAUAUAAAUACUUUACCAAGAGCUUUUAACACACUUUUGCCAAAUCUAGAUGAGAUUGAACAUUUGAAUUGGUCAGAAGCUUUGAAGCUAAUGGAAAAGAAAGCCGAUUUCCAUCUAUGUUUUGUGGUGCUAGAAAAAAUACCUUGGGAUGAAACUGACCACAUAGACAAAAUUAAUGAUAGACGAAUUCCAUUUGAUCUCCUGAGCACUUUAGAAGCUGAAAAAGUCUAUCAGAACCAUGUACAACAUCUAAUAUCAGAGAAGAGAAGGGUAGAAAUGAAGGAAAAAUUCAAAAAGACUUUGGAAAAAAUUCAGUUCAUUUCACCUGGGCAGCCAUGGGAGGAAGUUAUGUGCUUUGUUAUGGAGGAUGAAGCCUUUAAAUAUAUCACUGAGGCUGAUAGCAAAGAAGUAUAUGGUAGGCAUCAGCGAGAAAUAGUUGAAAAAGCCAAAGAAGAGUUUCAGGAAAUGCUUUUUGAGCAUUCUGAACUUUUUUACGAUUUAGAUCUUAAUGCAACACCCAGUUCAGACAAAAUGAGUGAAAUUCAUACAGUUCUGAGUGAAGAACCAAGAUACAAAGCUUUACAGAAACUUGCACCUGAUAGGGAAUCUCUUCUCCUUAAGCACAUAGGGUUUGUUUAUCACCCCACUAAAGAAACGUGUCUUAGUGGCCAAAACUGUACAGACAUUAAAGUGGAGCAGUUACUUGCCAGUAGUCUUUUGCAGUUGGAUCAUGGCCGCUUACGGUUGUAUCAUGAUAGUACCAAUAUAGAUAAAAUCAACCUUUUCAUUUUAGGAAAAGAUGGCCUUGCCCAAGAACUAGCAAAUGAGAUAAGGACUCAAUCUACUGAUGACGAGUAUGCCUUAGAUGGAAAAAUUUACGAACUUGAUCUUCGACCACUUGAUGCCAAAUCGCCUUACCUUUCAAGCCAAUUGUGGACUACUGCCUUUAAGCCACACGGGUGCUUCUGUGUAUUUAAUUCUAUUGAGUCACUGAAUUUUCUUGGGGAGUUUAUUGGAAAACUAAGAACUGAAGCUUCUCAGAUCAGAAAAGAUAAGUACAUGGCUAAUCUUCCAUUUACGUUAAUUCUGGCUAAUCAGAGAGAUUCCAUUAGUAAGAACCUACCAAUUCUCAGGCACCAAGGGCAGCAGUUGGCAAAUAAAUUACAGUGCCCUUUUGUAGAUGUACCUACUGGUACAUACCCUCGUAAAUUUAAUGAAACCCAAAUAAAGCAAGCUCUAAGAGGCGUAUUGGACUCGGUUAAACACAAUUUAGACGUGGUGAGCCCAGUUCCCACCAAUAAGGAUGUGUCAGAAGCUGACUUGAGAAUUGUCAUGUGUGCCAUGUGUGGUGAUCCGUUUAGUGUGGAUCUUAUUCUUUCACCUUUCCUUGAUUCUCAUUCUUGUAGCGCUGCUCAAGCUGAACAGAAUAAUUCCCUAAUGCUUGAUAAAAUCAUUGGUGAAAAAAGGAGACGAAUACAGAUCACAAUAUUAUCUUACCAUUCUUCAAUUGGAGUAAGGAAAGAUGAACUGGUUCAUGGGUAUAUAUUAGUUUACUCUGCCAAACGGAAAGCAUCAAUGGGAAUGCUUCGAGCAUUUCUGUCAGAAGUUCAAGACACCAUUCCUGUGCAGCUGGUUGCAGUAACUGAUAGCCAAGCAGAUUUUUUUGAAAAUGAGGCCAUCAAGGAGUUAAUGACAGAGGGAGAGCACAUAGCAACUGAGAUCACAGCAAAAUUUACAGCGUUGUAUUCUUUAUCUCAGUAUCAUAGGCAAACUGAGGUCUUCACUCUGUUUUUCAGUGAUGUUCUAGAGAAAAAAAAUAUGAUAGAAAAUUCCUAUUUAUCUGAUAAUGCAAGAGAAUCAACACAUCCAAGUGAGGAUGUUUUUCUACCAUCUCCCAGAGACUGUUUUCCAUAUAACAACUACCCCGAUUCAGAUGAUGAUACAGAAGCCCCUCCUCCAUAUAGUCCAAUUGGGGAUGAUGUCCAGUUGCUCCCAACAACUAGUGAUCGAUCCAGAUACAGAUUGGAUUUGGAAGGAAAUGAAUAUCCUAUUCAUAGCACCCCAAAUUGUCAUGACCAUGAACGCAACCAUAAAGUGCCUCCACCUAUUAAACCUAAACCAGUUGUACCUAAGACAAAUGUAAAGAAACUGGAUCCAAACCUUUUGAAAACAAUUGAAGCUGGUAUUGGUAAAAAUCCAAGAAAACAGACUUCCCGGGUGCCAUUGGCACAUCCUGAAGAUAUGGAUCCUUCAGAUAACUAUGCGGAACCCAUUGACACAAUUUUCAAACUGAAGGGCUAUUCUGAUGAGAUUUAUGUUGUCCCAGAUGAUAGUCAGAAUCGCACUAUUAAAAUGCGAAACUCAUUUGUAAGUAAUACCCAAGGAGAUGAAGAAAAUGGAUUUUCUGAUAGAACCUCAAAAAGUCAUGGGGAACGGAGGCCUUCAAAAUACAAAUAUAAAUCUAAAACCUUGUUUAGUAAAGCCAAGUCAUACUAUAGAAGAACACAUUCAGAUGCAAGUGAUGAUGAGGCUUUCACCACGUCUAAAACAAAAAGAAAAGGAAGGCAUCGUGGAAGUGAGGAAGAUCCACUUCUUUCUCCUGUUGAAACUUGGAAAGGUGGUAUUGAUAAUCCUGCAAUCACUUCAGACCAAGAGUUAGAUGAUAAGAAAAUGAAGAAGAAAACCCACAAAGGAAAAGAAGAUAAAAAGCAGAAAAAGAAAACUAAGAAUUUCAAUCCACCAACACGUAGAAAUUGGGAAAGUAAUUAUUUUGGAGUGCCUCUUCAGGAUCUGAUUACAGCUGAGAAGCCUAUACCACUAUUUGUUGAAAAAUGUGUGCAAUUUAUUGAAGACACAGGAUUAUGUACUGAAGGACUCUACCGUGUUAGCGGAAACAAAACUGAUCAAGACAAUAUUCAAAAGCAGUUUGAUCAAGAUCAUAAUAUCAAUCUUGUUUCAAUGGAAGUAACAGUAAAUGCUGUAGCUGGAGCUCUUAAAGCAUUCUUUGCAGAUCUGCCAGAUCCUUUAAUUCCAUAUUCUCUUCAUCCAGAGCUAUUGGAAGCAGCAAAAAUCUUGGACAAAACAGAGCGUCUUCAUGCAUUGAAAGAAAUUGUUAAGAAAUUCCAUCCUGUAAACUAUGAUGUGUUCAGAUAUGUAAUAACACAUCUAAACAGGGUUAGUCAGCAAAAUAAAAUCAACCUAAUGACAGCAGACAACUUAUCCAUCUGUUUUUGGCCAACCUUGAUGAGACCUGAUUUUGAAAAUAGAGAAUUUCUGUCUACCACUAAGAUCCAUCAAUCUGUUGUUGAAACAUUCAUUCAACAAUGUCAGUUUUUCUUUUACAAUGGAGAAAUUGUAGAAACUGCAAACACCGUGGCUACUCCGCCCCCUUCGAACCCAGGACAGUUGGUAGAGCCAAUGGUACCACUUCAGUUACCACCACCAUUGCAACCUCAACUGAUACAACCACAACUACAGGCGGAUCCUCUUGGUAUUAUUUAACUAGAAAAUAAUUGCAGAAAGCCUGAAAUUGGACAAAAAGCAAAUCUAGACAUGCAUGUUUCAGGGUUCAGUAGUAUACUUUGUUUCAUACUGAUAAUUCACAUUCAAAAUAAUGAGACAUUUUCUUUUUGAACUCUGAUAUUCCUUAUUCAUUAACAUUACAGAUCUAAGACCAUGUGAUAAGCAUGACGGGAGAGGUUUAAUUUUUAUAAACAAAAAUAGCUAUAAAAUACAAAGCUGCUGCUGCAUGCAACCUUAUUGCAAUCAAUAUAUCAUUCCUGUGGCAAUUUCUGUCACAUAUUGUGAAUAAAAUUUUUCUAUAGAAAUUAAAUGACUUAAAAAACUCAAAUAUAUGAAACAUUAGUGCUUUUUACCCUGCAUUAUGGCUGAUUUUGUUAUUUGAUGUGCUAAUUUGGGCUAUUUAAUUUACAUUUUAGCAGUCUGUUUAGAUUACGGUAAAAGCCCGGUUAUGUAUUUUAUAAUUUCAAGCUACUUAUGCCAUGCUUGGGAUGUUAUAUGGAAGAAAGAAAAAAAUAUAUACUUGACAUACUUCACAUUUCUGCACAUUCAUCGUUACGUCUACCUAAACUUGUGGAUUAUUUGAUGAGGGGUAAAUGAGCGUAUUUCUUGUACACACAUACCAAGGACAUGCUUGUGGUUAAAGUGAAUUGAUAAUGUUGUGCAAAGAUAGCUGUCACAAAGUCAUUUCUUAAUGAUCCACAAGGAAGCAAACAUUUUGUAUACUGUUAAUUCUGUAAACAGAUGCAUGUCAAAAGAUCUUUGAUGGUCUUGUAAUCUUAAUCUAAUAUAUUUUAGAUAUUUUAAUUUUUUUCCCUCUUGGGGAAUACAUUUAGUAUAGUAUAGAAAAUAGUUCAUGACAUUUUCAUAAAAGUUAUGUAACUUUUCAUACAUAAACGUGAAAUUUGUUGUAGAAAAUUCUUUAAACCAAACAUUUUAAUCUAGGACUUUGAUUUAAUCUGUUCCUUGAAUCUAUUUUUAUGUGGCCCUUAAAAAGACAUCCAAAAAUCCAUUGCUAAUAUAGCAAUAAAAAUACUUUGGGUACUGACAGCCUCUUUGGAGUGUGUGUAUGUAUAAAAUUACAAACUUAUAGUCACCUUUUUUUUUUUUUCUGUGAUAUGUUGUACUAAAAUCACAAUGGUUUUUGCACCAUAUUUGUUCUAAACAACUGCUGCUUUGGGAGUUAAACCAUUUGUUAGUGAAGAUGCAGCCAGAACACUAAGUUAUGGGGAAAGUUUUCAAAUUAGAUGAUACAGGUAAAUCGUUUUGAUUUCAUUUAAAUUUUUUUCAUAAACCAUGCUCUCCCACUCCCCCCUUUUUUUUCUGGAAAGGAAAAGAAUGGUUUGGUUUCCAUAUUUUAUGUAGUGAAAAAAAAUCAUGUCAUCAAUGUUGGAGUAACCUUCAUUCAUAAUGCAGUUUUAAGGUUGUUUUAUGUAUAUUAUAGUAAAUAGAUCUUGAGAUUCAAGGCUCUCCUAAAAAUUUGAUUUGCUACAUUUUUCUUGAAAUAAAUACUGUCUUUCCCAACUGUUAUGUUCUAAAUAUUAUACUUCUAACUUCAGAAUCAAAAUAUCAAAAUGAACCAGGCUGCUGUUAAAGUACAUGUAUAUUAUAAAUUAUCUUAUUUGUGUUAUACUCUUACAUGUUAUUAUCUUUUCUAAGAAAACAAAGUCCCUAUUAUUCCUAUUGCAAAGCACACAGGAAUUAAGAAAGUACAGUAAUUUUUUUUUAAUCCGGUAAAUGUAGUAUUCUUAACUUGUUCAAUAUUACUUAUACCUAUUGUCUAUAUAGCUUUAAUUUAUAGCUGUCAGUUUAACAUUGGCAUGUCUGGCAAAGAAAAUUAAACUUUAAGAGUUUUAUAAACUGUUUCUAGGUUGCUAAAGAAUUUAUUUUUCUACUAUAUAUGAUAUAGACAAAGCAUCAAACUAUGUACAGGAAGAAAGCCUGACUAUUUCUAUUGGAAGUAGCUGAGAAAAGAAUUUUCAGAACUAUUCAUGUCAGUUCAUUCUGUCAUAACUUUGCUAUUGUAAUAUGUGAAUCCAGUUUAUUUAAGCUAUUCUCUUUUAUACUAUGUUAACUUCUGUAGUACCAUUUAUGUGUUAUAGCUAGCAUUUACCAUUUUCCACAUUAACCACCUUACCAACUACCCCAGUACUUUAUUUUACUGUUCAUUCUAUCAUUGAUUGGAUGCACUUCAUAGUGAGUUACUUAAACAGUCUGCAUUUGGUGCAGUUAACCAGUAGAUUACAGUUGAUGAAAAUUAAAAUAUGGUUUUAAAGCUCAGUCUGUUACACUGAAUUGUGUUUGUUUCUGCCAAGGGUUUAUAUAAAUUUUUAAUUAUUAGAAAUAAUUCUAAGCAGAAUAACAAUUAAAUUUUUUUCUGAUAAGUACAGGAAAGAUUUAUUCUUUAAGGACAUUUCAUAUAUGAGACUUCUUAAAGGAUUGAAAGAAUAUUAGAUAGUCUCAUAUUUAAUGGGAAAACACACGGCAUUACACUUUCCAUUUCUAAAUAAAUGCCAUCUACAUAUGUUCCAUUGUUUCAUUUAAGGUUCAGUGCUUGUAAUUUUACAAUAUUGGACUGAACAGUAUCUAGAUUCACAAUAUAAAGAAGCAUAGUGGUACUCUUUCAAACUUUCAGUAGAUUUAUUGAAAGUGACUAUAUCCAACAGACAUAUUAGGAACAUACAAUUUAAGAACAAAAUUUCAGGCACAAUAUAUCUUUGUUUUAAAAUGGUAUUUGUUAGUAGUACCUGUUUUGAUUGUUUUAACGUUUAUGAUGUAAAUACUGUAGGUAAUGGCAAUCUAACUCAGCUGAAAAGCAGCUUUUAUUUUCCAUACUGUAUGUAAAUACUGUAGAGUUUUUUGAGGUACUGGAAUUUAAUUUCUAAUAUCUCUAGAUAUAAACAAAAGGGAACAGUUGGAAUAAGAAUGUAGGCCUUAGCUUCCAUGGUGAUUUUUAGUUUUUUAUACAGUAAUGUGAUGCUAUUUGUCAACUGGAUAUAAAUAUAUAUAAUUUUAAAAAGUAAAAUGCUUUGUUUCUUUGUUUUGCAAUUAAUGUAAUUUUGUGCUUCACCUACAGGAUGCUGCAGUGAACUAAAUAUCAAUGAAGCUUAUUCUGUAUAAAGAUGCUAUGAAUAAAAUAUUAAGAAGCUGUAUAAUUUUAA